AUAUUGAGUCUGUUUGAUGGGAAAAAGAUCCAAGAAUAGUCUACCUUGCCCCAAYCCUUUAUUUGAAAGGGUUUUGACCGAAUGGAGAGACGAAGCGCGGCAAAAAGGUUCAAAACUUCAACAUGCUUAUGGAAAGGCUUUGUCGUCCAUCCAAAAGUACCCUYUACCAUUACAAAGUGGCCGAGAAGCAAUGAUCUUAGAAGGAAUCGGGGAGAGCAUUGCCAAGAAGCUUGAUGAGGCACUCUGCACUGGGAGUGAUGACAUAUCAGAAGUUAAUGUACCUCCACUACCAAGUUAUCAAAGUGCAACAUCUUCUGUCAGCAGUACUGCUMGAACAAAUGCAAAACAAACAAAUCAUGGCAAGGCAAAGGGAUCCAAAGAGUAUGUACCAGGGUUGAGAACAGGAGCRUAUGCUUUGCUCUUAACACUCUACCAAGACAGUCAGAAAGCAAAUAACAGAGGGUUCAUGACUAAAGACCAGCUUCUAAGAGARGCACAGCCUUUGAGUGACAAAUCAUUCACAUUGCCUGAUCCUGGUUCAAGGUACACUGCCUGGUCAUCAAUGUCAACACUAACAAAGAAAGGAUUUGUGGUCAAAAGUAGCAACCCAGCCAAGUACUCAAUCACUACAGAGGGCUGUAAUUUAGCUGAGAAACUAGAACAUGUAUCCACUGACUCACAGGGAUCUAGUUCAUCAGGAAUUGGAUUCAGGUUUGGUGCUGCCAGUACAUCUACAAGUUCAUCAACAUGUGCAAGCAGCUCAAGUGAUGUUGUGCCUCCCUCCUGUCCAACAUUGUUAAAUAAAGCACCCUCAGAUCAAAACCUUCCAGUUUUCACAGCCGAAACUACUAUUCAACAGUCUGUCAGAUCAAGUCAUUCUGAAGCAGCUAUGCCAGAUGUACUAGASACAUGCAGUCAGUCUGAUUCACAAGGCAGYAGCAAUAAUAGUCAGGACGUUGAAUCUGAAUUUGUUCUGAAACCAGGAACGUUUGAUGUUGUAUUGUGUGUUGACUUUAUUGAAACCACUGGUGGAGCCCAGAGAUCACGAAAAGAUGCUUUUGUCAAAGAACUCACAAAUAAUGGUGUUGAAUUUGACGUUCGUAAAUUACAAGUUGGUGAUUUUGCUUGGGUAGCACGUGAAAGGACACGUCCUGUCCCAGGUACUGAUUGUCAUUUGCACUYUUUGAUGUCAGAACUGAGCACGAUAUAUCUGACAAUAUCACUAAUUAAGAGUGUCUUUCGAUUAAAAAAUUGUGGUUUGAAACAUCCCAUUUAUUUAGUGGAAGACUUUGGUUCAGCACAACAUCUCAGCUUACCAGAAUCAACGCUACAACAAGCCGUUAUAAACACACAGAUUGUGGAUGGAUUCUUUGUUAAACGAACUCGAAACUCCAAGGAAUCAUGUGCUUAUUUAACGCUGAUGACACGAUUUCUUCAAAGUUUUUACAUGGUUGUCACUGUUCGAGAAAUGUUUGGAAAGCAGUUGAUGCAGAUAAGUGGCAUGUCAGCAGAUAAAGCAGUUGCUGUUUUAAACAAGUAUCCAACGCCUAAAAGGUAUGAUACAUUGAAAACCCAGCAUAGCUGA